CCGGUCAGUCGUUCCAAGAUAGCACUUUUUCUGCUGGAAAAUCCAAGGGCAAUCAUGCUUAUAUCAAGGUCGAAAAGUCCAGUGAUGGCUCUCACAGUAACAGUCAUUUACGAUAGACGGCAAACAGUGCCUAUCUCUCGCUACCUGAGCCAAGCAACCCAACACCACGCAUUAUGCUCCAGACCUCGAGAACGCAAUUCUUCUACCUAAGUGCCCUGGGGAUAUGGGGUCUCUGGGGCUAUGCCUUCUUCAAUGGCAUGUUUGACCGCCUCGAUACAGUAACCUCCACCCUUCGCUUCCCAGACGGCCGCCCCUUGCGCUCCUCUUAUACAAACAUCGCCCCACUAGACGCUCAACUCACGCUCCUUUCGGCAUUCUAUGAUGUCCUUACCAAUUCACUCACCUCCGGUCCGCGGCUACUUUUCUUCGACGUAAACUACGCUGUUGCAUGCGCCAACGUUUGGGUCCUGAUCGAAUCUCGUCGCCGUGGCGUCCGCUCCUGGUUCCUGAGGUACCCAACUUGGGCGAUGGUGCUCUGUAACGCCAACGGCGCCGCUAUCGUGUUGCCUCUGUAUCUAUAUCUUGUGUGUCGCAGUAAGGCCCGUUUGCGCGAUGCCUCGGUUCCCAGGCACGACGCUGCAGCGCUGCUGGUGUCGACGGUGGUAAUUCUGCUCCAGCCGCUGCUUAUCUUCGUUCCAGCGUGGAUAGGGCGUGGUGGGAGCGAUUUACACCAUGUAUGCAUAGCGCUCUUCCAGGCUGCACCUAUUGGAGUCCUAGUGCUUCAUCUCGGUCUCGCAUCAAUACUGCCUCGACAAGGCUCGGACUCAUCAGCAUCAUCCACCAAGGAAUCCAAGAAAUGGAUCGUUGCGUCACUCAUUCUGGCCGGCACCGUUGCCGCAGCUGUGCACUCCUACACUUGCGUCGGGGCACUCCUCACGCGCGACGGCGAUGUAUCGUUGAGAAGACUUUUUGUGCCAGCCCGCGGAUUUAGCGACCCCAUCAAAGCGCUGCCAAAGGUAAGUGGAUCCCCUGCGGAGUACAUGGCGCUGGUCGAGAACCUUCAUCUAUUCUCGCAGUGGGAUUGGAUCGUAGUCGCUCUCACGAGUAUCCUUUAUUCACACCUUCUUCUCUCGCAUCAAGAUGGAGCAGAGAGAGCAAAGGUGAAUCAGCCGGGUGAGCCAAUCGAGGCGCAAGAGUUGGUUUACCUCACUACAGCCACAGUGAUCUUAGGUCCAGGGGCUGCGGGAUCAUUCGCACUAGCAAUCCGCGAGGCUCGGAUAUAACAGGCUAAUCACAUCUAUCAUCAAGUAUACAGGAUGUAUUCUUGUCAAAGAGGGUAUGCAAGCAUUAUCAGGUUAAUAUCGUUGCUUGGAAUGAUUAUCUUUGUGUAGCUCUAAAUCUCCAUUCCUGGAGGUGAAGUAGACUGGAUCUUACCUAGCUAUCAUUACAGCUUUACCAGUACUCUUACCCGUUUCUAUUAUGUUCCAUCUCGCUGUAUGCGACUGGGUCUGGAAUAGAUCAUGUUUGACUUUAGAAUCAGUAUAUUUACGCUCGAGGAUAUUGGUUUAGCUCGAAUGUCCUUCUUCUGCUUAGGCCUUCUUGCGUGGAGUUUGCAUGGAUGUGUAAAGCGUGUUUAAGACCUGUGCUUCAUGUCUACAUGAUUCGUUCCUCGUCCAGUCUAGAUAUGCUUCUCGUAUAAUUGUCCCUCAUGAAAUGAAUGUGCCUCG